GUUAUGCGAACGAAAUCAAUGAAGCAGGCGUGAAAUAUUACAAGGACCUCAUUCGAGAGCUCAAGAUCAAUCAAAUCCAACCUAUAGUAACACUUUAUCACUAUGAUUUGCCGCAAUCCUUACAAGAUAAAGGAGGCUUUUCGAAUCCUUUGUUUCCCGAGUGGUUUGCCAACUAUUCCAGGGUUUGUUUCGAACUAUUUGGUGAUGACGUCUCUUACUGGCUUACAAUUAACGAACCUUACCCGAUAUGUUCGAUGGGCUCGCUUUCUGGGCCUUUUGUUGAAGGGAUAGACACCUAUAUAUGCGCUUUGAGGUAUUUGACAGCUCAUGCUGCAAUUUGGCAUGUGUACGAUACAGAGUUUAGGAGUAAACAGAAAGGUAGAGUGGCGAUGGUUUUGAACGGUGAAUGGGCGGAGCCAGCUUCAAACACCACAGACGAUAUCACCGCAGCUGAAACUAGAAUGCAAUUCAUGUGGGGAAUUUUUGCACAUCCCCUCUACUACGGCGACUGGCCCGAGAUAAUGAAAACUAGAAUCGCCAUGAGAAGCAAGCUUGAGGGUUUCAACCAGUCUCGAUUGCCGGAGAUGACUCAGGAGGAGAUUAACUACAUCAAAGGAACCAAUGACUUCUUUGCGUUGAACUCUUAUACAACCGUUUUGGUUAAAGCAAUCCAAGAACCCGAAAUAUCUUCUCCCAACAGUACUAAAGAUAUUGGAGUUUUCGCUUACCAACGAGACGAUUGGUUAUCUUCUUCAGCGUCAUGGUUGAAAUUUGUUCCCUGGGGAAUGCGAAAAUUACUGAAAUGGAUCAAAGACGAAUAUUUCAGUCCGAAUAUAAUAAUAACAGAGAAUGGAUGGGCUGACAGCACAGACCAGUUGGAUGAUAAAGUCAGAGAGAGUUAUAUCAAGGAGUAUUUGAGUAAUAUACGAGACGCUAUGGAUGAGGAUGGAGUUAACGUUAAGGCCUAUUCUGUUUGGAGUUUGAUGGAUAAUUUCGAGUGGGUUUCUGGAUACACCGCAAAAUUUGGUAUUACGUAUGUAGAUUUUAACAGCCCGAAUAGGACUCGGACAAGGAAAAACUCUUCUUAUUAUUACGAAAAAGUUUGCAAGACUCACUGUCUUGUAGAAAAAUGUGAGGACUGAAAAUGGAACUGUGUAAUAGUUGAAUUUUUGAGGUCAUAAAUAUUCUUUAAAUCGAA